AACUACAGGAAAUUUCUUCACAACAAUUAUCCAAAUCAUUAUCAUCUUCUCCAAUUAGUCAAGUUAGCAAAGAAACAAAGGAUGAGCCAAACAAUAGAAUGAUAAAUGAAAACAAAGUAAUUAUUGAUAAAUCUAAGGAUAAUUGGUCAGGAUGGCUUGAUGAGGCAAUUCAGAAGGAACACAUUAAUUUUUAUGAAUAUGGUAGUAGGUUUAAAAAUAUUCAAAAAAUUGGUUCAGGUAAUUUUGGAAAAGUUUAUAAAGCAACAUUAGACAAUAGCAGUAUUUGUGCCUUGAAAUCCUAUAGUCAUGGUAUGACAAAUAUGAAAGAAAUUGCUAAUGAGUUGAAAUUGUUACGUAAAGUUAAUCAUCAUCAAAAUAUUAUUCAUUUCUAUGAUAGUGGAACACUGAGAAGCUACCUACAAGAAAAGUUUGAAUCAAUCAGUUGGGAUCUAAAGCUGAAAUUUGCAUAUGAGAUUGUAUCAGCUGUUUUGUGUCUACAUCAUUCAAACAACAUCUUGGUUCAUCAAAAAACCAUAAAAUUGGCAGAUUUUGGACUUUCCCAUAAAAUACAUGAAUCUACAACUACUUCAACAUUUCAAUUAGCAGGAGUGCUGCCUUACAUUGACCCACAAUGUUUCAAGUCUAAUAGCAAGCCAAAUAAAAAAUCAGAUGUAUACAGUGUGGGUGUUUUAUUAUGGGAAUUGACUAGUAACAAACCACCUUUUAGUGAUCUGGAUCCACAUUAUCAAAGAUAUGGUUUAGCAAUUGAUAUUUCUCAAGGAAUUCGUGAGAAACCUAUUCCUAACACACCUGAUGAAUAUGUUAAUUUAUACAAAGCAUGUUGGCUGGAUGACCCAAAAGGCAGGCCUGAUAUUCAAUAUGUUGAAACAAUGCUUAAUGGAAUGAUUUCAGGUUCAAAUAUAGUUGAUAAAAUUGAUAAUGAGGAAAAUGAUGAGCAACUAAAAAAUGAAAACAGUGAUUUUUUCAGUCAUUCCAGUGACUUCUUGCAAGAAGAUUUUGAUAAUAAAGUCAAAGAACUCUGGAAAACUAUGCAUUAA